AUGGCAGGAUACACUUGUGUUCAGUGUCUCCAAGUCCUCCGUCAAGGAGUCCGAGCAUCAACCCCUCGGGCUCGCCUGCAGAGCCUAGCCACCGCACGGAGAAGCACAAUCUCCCCGUCCUUCAUCCGCAGCUUCGGCUCGCAACGCAACGGUCGAUCCUUGAGUAGCUCCUCGGAGCAGCCCAAGCAUGUUCACAGCCAGUCUUGCUGUGCUCCUAAAUCCUCUCCUGCGCCCCAGGCCCAGCGAGCAGCUCACACGGCAAGCGGGUCCUCUGUCGACACUCGCGCCGUCCUAAAACCCAACAACCUAUUCCACUCCUUCUCCAACUCGCCCUCGCCAGAAAUUCGCAAACGCGCCCAAUUCAUCAAGCAGAACGCCUUCUGCCCCCACCCAAGCCAUCAGCAGACCCGCGCGCCCGUCUCCCCUCACGACCCCGAAGCGAGGAAAGAUACCGACGAUGCAAACCUGCCUCCCGCCCAUUCGCACUUUGAAUGCCCGGACUGUGGUGUGCCGGUCUACUGCUCCGAAGGCCAUUGGAUGGACGACUUUGAGGCUCAUCUCGAGAUCUGUGACACCCUGCGCCAGAUCAACGAGGACGACCAUGAUCUGCGCUCCGGUCGCUUCUUCCCCGAGUUCCAUUAUCCCGGUCCUCAGGAUGACAACUUCGUGAUCAACAUGACUAACUGGGAUACUUACCUCUAUACUCGUGAAUUUGCGGCUAUCAACGAUGACCGCUCCAUGCGUCAAGUUACCCGCAUGCUCACUUACCCGCAAACCAUCAGUAGUGUCUUGCACGAGCUUAGUCCGUACAGUGUUCGUUCCGGUGGACGGCUGACACCCGAGGGAUUGAAGAGUCUGAGUGCCCUCCGCUACUCCCUCCACCCCCCAAAGGCCGGCGAAAGCAUUGAUAUGAAAGGUCUUCGCUUGAAAGCUCCCCCAGUUCGGAUCUUCAUUCUCGGCGCACGUGCUGAGUCCUCCCUCCCACGUCCCGUCUGGCUGCAGUUGCAGUACAUGUACCCGCGCGCAAUGCUGCACCUUAUCUUCAUCGGACCCGAGAGCAUGGCAAAUCGUGACGGCGAGUUCCCGCUUCCCGAGCGCACUCCCGAGAACCCCUUCGGUGGAAUCGUCGAGGACAGACUCGGUGGUCAGAUGAAGAUCACUACCUACGUCGACUACUUCCACACCAUGAACAAGGCGCAGUACUUCGGACCCUUCGAUCCCUAUCUGGAUUGCUUCAUGCUCUUCCACCCUGGUCUGGGCCACCCUGCUAGCUCUCACGAGUGGGAGGAGACACUACCCCAGUUGCUUGAGACGAAGGUACCUAUCAUUUGCACUGGGUACACGCAGUGGGAUCUGGAGCGUGACAUCAACUGGGUGAGUGAGAAGUGCCGUGGUGAGUUUGAUGUGCUUCUCGAGCCUGGCGAGAACAUCUUCCGCAGUCUGCGCUGGGAUUUGAACGACCAGGAUCCACAUGACGUUUCUUGUGGAAACUGGGGAUUGUGGGCCUUCCGAGGCAAGAGAUACGAGGCUGCUUUCGCCAAAGAAGAUUAG